GGCACCGCAAAACCACUCGUUCCUAUGCACUGCUCAAUUGAAAAGUUGGUAUAAAAUGGCCGCUCUAAGUAACGACCAGGUCAGAUCCCUUGACCAAGCAAGACAGCGACUGCUGGCGCUUCAUACUUCCUUGGUCGCCCUGCGCUCAGAGGUCACCACCCAGAGCCAACUACCUUCCUGGCCCUCGCUACAAACCCACGCAAAUCUCAUCUCGAACAACCUGCAGCAGAUUGCAGCACAGCUGUCAGAGCAUCGUGAAUUCUUCCAAUCCACAGUCGCUUUCCCACUACCUCAAUUUCCCGGCAGAGAGCGCGCCAUCAUUCUAGAGACACUGCUACGAACGAAACUUGAGCCCAGUAUAGAAGAUUGGAUUGAAGAAGGAGAGAAGAUAGCCACGGAACAACACAAGGCGUCUUACUCGGGGCUCCCUGAUCAAGAUCGCAGUGCCCUUUGGCAAUGGGCACCUAGCGCGGCCAACAAAGAGGCUCGGAAACAGAGAUGGGGUGCUGAUUAUACCCUAGAAGAGAAGCAACGGGGUAUACAAAACGUGGUCACUGGUCUUCGGAGGGAACUCGUUGAACCAGCUGACGACGAGGGUGAAGAGGGCGAAGAGGAAGACGAGGAUGAAUAUGAGGAGACCGACGAAGAAGACGAAGACAAGAUGGACGUCGAACCCACGAAAACCGAACCAAAGCCUGGAGUUUCUGCGCCUACAACUAUCAGAGAAACGGUUACAAUCCAGAUGCCUCUCGAAUCCAUUCACAAAUACAUGACCACAGGAGGGGCGUCAGGCUGAGAGUGCAACUCUUUAAGGCAUUAACACACGAGGAAGACGACGCAGCAACGUCCUCAACAUUCAACAUCCAAACAUCAAUCUCAUUGCUUCAUAUCGGGGUCCGAGUACUAUAAGAGAACCCGACGCUUAGGUCCCCUGGUGUUGAUCCUUGAAGCUCUACUGCCCUUUCAGCCUGCAUGUAACUUGGAUCUUGUGGCCAUGAGAAGUCCGCCCACUCGCUGUCGUCUAUGAUCCAGAUAGGAUUUUUUAUCCUCCAGGCAACGUUGACUGUAACAUCCCCAGGCAGUUGUUUGGCAAGGGUUUGCUGGAAUUGGUCUCUUUCGGUCGACGAGACCUGGUGCGCUACAUCACCACUUGCCUCCACGAUUAUCGUCAGCCUUCUGAGAGCUCUUACGUGCACCAGACCCUCAGUCACCCAAGACGUGGAAGCGAAGGACACUGGAUAGGGAGGCCCACACGCUAGAAAAUGCAUCAGUCCGGCUAGCGAGUCUGCUUGUUGCAAGUACAGAUCUCGCGUCCCAAUGUGGAUUGUCAGAGAUCGCAAGUCGAAUCGCGAUCCGCUGCUGGCAUCUCUCGAGGGGCGGGUUUCCGUGUCUUGACGAGCAGUAUUCUGGCGGCGAUCUGUCUCGUCCAUUCCAGCCAUCAGCCUCAGCAAGGAUCUGACCUCCCAUAUCUCGGUCACGCUGGCAAGCAAACUCAAAUCAAUUUGUCUGAUCGCACCUCGUUGGACCUCUCGCAAGCUGGACAGGAAUUGUUUCGUGGCUGUGAUGUUGGAACCAAAUACGGACGGACAUUUCACUUUGUUGAUCUGGAACGGAAGGAGGUGCAUUUCCCCAUGAACUUGACGACAGAUCAGCAGAGGAGACACAUAAUCCCGGCGUGAAGUCGCCGUCUUGGUCGGCUUUGGUGGUGGGAACUCUGCCGCCUCUGGAGCUUGGAAGACAUAUUGGAAAAUGCUUCGCCGAAUCUCGAAUGGCAAACUGAGAAACGAAAUCGUGGACGCGGCCAAUCGACCGGUACCAGGGUUGCACCUGUGAGGCCGAGAUAUGGAGAGUCCAUUCGAUGCCGUGCUCGGCAGCUCGCUGACCUGCAGGCCGCGAAGUUGGAAUGUCAUGUCUGGAACGGUUCGUUCCUCCGGGAUUUGGGUUGCUGCCAUUGGUUGUCUACGGCCGUACAGUGCAACAGUCUGAACGAGCGGUGUUGAGAGGUCGAGUCCAACACAAGUACGGUUUGGAGGCUGAUGUCUGAACUGGUCCGCUUCCGACAGAAGAAAGAUUCGAGCAGUGCUACAGCGCCUUUCGACAGAGAGCAGGGACAAUGGUGCCAGUCAUUGAAGAGAGGCACACUUACAAGGAGAAACAAAAUGCCUGGGCAAAUCAAAGCUAUCACACUUUCUCCCUCGGACAUGGGAUUUGUAGAUGUGAGAGCAGUCGCAGCCGGCCUCGUGUCGGUAUGUCGAAGAUUAAUGAACCACCUACCACA